CUGAUUGCUCCAGUGUGGCGGGGGGGAGUAGAUAGUGUCUUCGAUGUUAGAGCUUCCCCCCCACACUUACUGCCCCCCCUCUAGGAAUGGGGUCGGUGGGUGAAUGAGAGGGGAAGCAUUUCCAAGGGCAGUCAUUGUUAAAUUAAGCGCCUGUCAAUGUAGGCGCCUUGUUUUAUGAUUAUUUUCAAAUCAUUUUUUUAAACAACGACAACAACUGCCCUCAAAACAUGGGAUACCUUUCUAAGGAAUAAAAUAGCCCUCGUAUUCGGGCGGUAGUGACACUACGCCUGUCUGCCUCCCUGCCCCCCAGCAGUGCGGGUGGUGGUGGUGGAGGAGGAGUGAAAAGGGGAGCGAGUGGUGGGAGAGCCUGGGAAGAAAUGGAGGGACCCUCCGGGAGCUCCUCAGAAGAAGGGGACCUGGCUCUUUACACUGUCAAGCAUGAGCUGACGAACGCAAACUUCACAGGCCACAUAGAGAAGGUGGGCAUUGAGAACUUUGAACUGCUGAAAGUUCUUGGGACAGGAGCCUAUGGGAAGGUAUUUCUGGUGAGGAAAAUAAGUGGUCAUGAUGCUGGCAAGCUGUAUGCCAUGAAGGUUUUGAAAAAAGCAACAAUAAUUCAAAAAGCCAAAACAACUGAGCAUACAAAGACUGAACGACAAGUACUAGAACAUAUACGACAGUCUCCAUUUUUGGUCACUUUGCGUUAUGCUUUUCAGACGGACACAAAACUUCAUCUUAUUCUGGAUUACAUAAAUGGAGGAGAACUUUUUACCCAUCUUUCACAAAGAGAGAGAUUUACUGAAGAUGAGGUACGAAUAUACAUUGGGGAGAUUGUAUUGGCACUUGAACACCUACACAAGUUGGGAAUUAUAUAUCGUGAUAUAAAACUUGAGAAUAUUCUUCUUGAUUCUGAUGGGCAUGUGGUACUGACUGACUUUGGCUUGAGUAAAGAGUUUGUUAGUGAUGAAAAUGAGAGAGCAUAUUCCUUCUGUGGAACUAUAGAAUAUAUGGCUCCAGAUAUUAUCAAAGGAGGGGAGACAGGACAUGAUAAAGCUGUUGAUUGGUGGAGUCUAGGUGUUCUUAUGUAUGAAUUGUUAACUGGAGCAUCACCCUUUACAGUUGAUGGGGAGAGAAACUCACAAGCUGAGAUAUCUAGGAGAAUAUUAAAAAGCGAACCUCCCUACCCUCAAGAAAUGACUGCUCUAGCCAAAGAUAUAAUUCAGCGUCUUCUGAUGAAAGAUCCCAAAAAAAGACUGGGCUGUUGUUCAAAUGGUGCUGAUGAAAUCAAACAGCAUCCCUUCUUCCAGAAACUAAAUUGGAAUGACUUGGCUGCCAAAAGAGUGCCAGCUCCAUUUAAACCAGUAAUUCGUGAUGAAUUGGAUGUUAGUAACUUUGCAGAGGAGUUUACAGAAAUGGACCCAACAUAUUCACCAGCAACCACACCACAGGCUGCAGAUAAGCUUUUCCAGGGAUACUCCUUUGUUGCUCCUUCUAUUUUAUUCAAACGCAAUGCAGCCACUAUUGAUCCUGUUCAUUUUCUGACAGAAGUUGACCGACCUGGAGUUGCAAGUAUUGCCAGAAGUGCUAUGAUGAAGGAUUCUUCCUUUUAUCUUCACUAUGAAAUGGACCUGAAAGAAAAACCACUAGGAGAAGGAAGUUUUUCCAUCUGUCGAAAAUGCUUACACAAGAAAACUAGCCAAGAAUAUGCAGUAAAAAUAAUAAGUAAAAGGCUAGAAGCCAACACUCAGAGAGAAAUAACAGCUUUAAAACUUUGUGAAGGACAUCCCAAUGUUGUGAAGCUCCAUGAAGUUUAUCAUGAUCAGCUCCACACUUUUCUAGUAAUGGAACUACUGAAAGGAGGAGAAUUACUUGAACGUAUCCAGAAAAAGAGGCACUUCAGUGAAACUGAAGCUAGUAAUAUAAUGCGCAGACUUGUUUCAGCAGUGAGCCACAUGCAUGAUGUAGGAGUAGUCCACAGAGACUUAAAACCUGAGAAUUUAAUAUUUAUAGAUGAAAAUGAUAAUUCUGAAAUAAAAAUAAUUGAUUUUGGAUUUGCCCGCUUAAAACCACCUGAUAAUCAGCCUCUUAAGACGCCAUGUUUUACUCUUCAUUAUGCUGCACCCGAGCUCUUAAAUCAUAAUGGUUAUGAUGAAUCAUGUGAUCUCUGGAGUUUGGGAGUCAUUUUGUUUACAAUGCUCUCAGGACAAAUACCCUUCCAAUCUCAAGAUAAAAAUAUAACAUGCACAAGUGCAUUGGAAAUUAUGAAGAAAAUUAAAAGAGGAGAGUUUUCUUUUGAAGGAGAAGCUUGGAAGAGUGUUUCUCAGGAAGCUAAAGAUUUAAUACAAGGACUUCUUACAGUGGAUCCAAAUAAGAGAAUUAAAAUGACCAGUUUGAGAUACAAUGAAUGGCUUCAAGAUGGUAGCCAACUAUCAUCCAACCCAUUAAUGACUCCAGACAAUUUAGGAUCUUCAGCAGCUGCUGUUAACACUUAUGUCAAAGCAACCUUUAAUGCCUUUAACAAGUACAAGAGGGAAGGAUUUUGCCUGCAAAAUGUUGACAAGGCACCUCUUGCAAAAAGGAGGAAGAUGAAAAAAACAAGUACAAGUACAGAGACUCGCAGUAGUUCCAGUGAAAGUUCUCAUUCUUCCUCUUCUCAUUCACAUGGUAAAACUACUCCUACCAAGACUCUGCAACCAACAAAUCCUACAGACAGCCAUAAUCCAGAGAGCAUCUUCCAAUUCUCUGACUGAAUAACAGAUUUGCUCUGUUGAACAAUUCAGUGGGUAUAACUUGCUGACAUAAGUGCUUCUUUAAACAUAGUAAUAUAUAUUGAGUGGAAUUCACUGGUGUCCUUUCAUUCAUGGAAUGACUUUUGAUCCAAAAGGGGAGGAGAAGUGAGUUUUGACUGCUUCCUUUCAGCCUUCCACUCCACCUUUAAACCUUGUUCUAGAGGGUCCUCCAACUCUCUGGAUUAGAUUUAGGGGUGAGGGCUCUGAGGGAGAGGGGCAAUUGGCAAAAAUCCUCCAGUGAGCACAAGGGCACAGACAGAGCUGGCCCCAGGCAUGCCGGGGCCCUUGGGCACCAGCCUGCCUCAGGCCUCGGCACUCUCCUUCUGUGAUUUGCGGCAGUAUUGGUACCGCAGAUCGCAGGGCAGGAGCUUCCAAGCCACCCGCCAUUCCCUUGCUCAACCUCCCUUUCUGCUUUUGCAGCUGUGCACGGUGUGUACGCAGGGUUGCCAUCAAUCAAGAUGGCAGCCAAGGUUUCCAUAAGGGGCUGAAGCCUGUGCCACCAUCUUGGUUGAUGGCACGCAUGUGUGCUACACGUGUGUAUUCCCUUAGGGAAACCUUGGCCACCAUCUUGGUUAAUGGUAACCCUGUGCGCACAGUGCGCGCAGCUGCAAAAAACAGCACAGAGAAAGGUAGGUGGAGCGGGGGAAUGGCGGGCAGCCUGGAAGCUCCUGCCCUGUGAUCCGCGGCAGCAAUCCUGCUAUGGAUUGUGGAAGGGGAGUGCAGGGGGCCCUGUAGCUGCAGGGGCCCUCAGCCAGGGCCCCAUCUGGCCACCCUUUAGAGCCAGCCCUGGGCACAGAUUGGAUUCUACCCACAGCUUAUAAAUUCUUGCAUUAAGCACACAUUUUCACAAACUUUCUAAUUUUCCAUUUCAGUCCUAGUUCAAGAUAGGACAUGUUAAAAUACUGCUGUGACUAUAGCCAAAACUGAAGCUAAUGAACAAAGCUUGCAGUCCAGUGAGGUAACUGCACAUGCAAACAGGGCUUUUUCAUUGCCAGCUAAGGAAAUUAAAAGAGUUCCAUAAAUGUAAUAACUGUUUACUAGCAAUUACAGCUCUGUGUGCAUGCAGACAUCUUAAUUAGGGGUGGCUUUCUUUGAUUAUUUAUGUACAUUAGAAAGAUGGCAAAAUGAUAUGACCAGUGCUGAAACUUAGUGGCCAGGAUCAAAAAAAGCUGCUUUCAUAUAUGCAGCAGCUCUCUUCCUUAUGCAGGUUUCCUGCAAACGGAAAAUCAAGCCACAAAGAAAGGUCAUUUUCAGCAUGUGAAAUGGAUGCAUGAAUCCUUGCACAAAAUACAUGCAACACUUUCACUAUUCAGGGCUUGGCAACUAGAAUGCAGAACUGUAUGAUUUCUUCUAUAGAUUUUGGCCAUUUUUGUUUUCAUAUUUUGAAAGAUUAUUUGGGUGGUUAAUAGCUUCAUAAUACUUGUAAAAGGAGCCUGCUGGUUUUCUUAAACUUUUAAUACUAAAAACAUGUAAAGAUUUUCUGAACAAAUAUUUAUGCCUACUUUCUAAACAUAAAAAUUAGCUUCUGUUAAGUGAGAAUUAUCUGUGGGUCCAAAAACUGAGCAUGCUGCGAUGCAUAAUAUCUUUGACAGUUUGCUAUCUUGUUAUAGCAUAACAUUCAGAGGUUUUUAUGAUACAUAAUGUGUCCACAUUAUUUAGUUCACCUAUAAUUGCAUUUGAUGAGUAACUGAACAAUGUGACAAAUGCCUUUUGGAGAUGCUGUGUAAUGUGCUCUAGUAACUUCAGUGAGAAUUGUGAACUUAUUGCAUCAUUCCACUUGCAAUAUUAAGCUUUCAUUUUCUUGCCAUGAUUUCCAUACCUGUAUGCAAUACUCUUCAGAUUUUGCUCCUCUCUGGGGCACGUUUUAACUUUAAACCAUUUAUGCAUUGGUAAAACUAAAGGGACAUUCUAUCAAACACUGUGCUUCACAUUUAUUCACUGUGUUGUACUACAGUGAGAUUUCCUACUGUAGUUGUAAUAUAUUUGGAAUUGUAAAUGUGACUCUUACCGAUGCAUUUGAAAUGGUAAUAUCUUUCAUUUUGAAGCAUAAUAUCUCAAUAUAUGCAGAGCACUUUUACAGCUCCUGUGCUCAAGUCCUGCAAAAGGUUAUUGAGCAAUCCUGUUGUGAACUCAUUGGGGUAAUUUGUGUAAAGUUAAACUCAUGCAUAGAUAUUUGCAUAAACAGAGAACAGCUGGCAGAUUUUAAAAACACAUUGCUGCAUUGUAGAAUAAACUAAACCCAAAUCCUAUGCAAUAUAUAUAUAUAAUAUCCAUUUUCCUAUAAAUGGCAUGUUUACAUAGUUGCAUCUAUCAGAAGUGUUUUAAGAAACCUAAUGCAGAUGUACCUAUGGAAACCGAUGGAAUCCUGGAAAUAAAAUGUUUUAAUGUGAUUGGUAGUAUUUUCAUCAGGAAUGAGAUAAGUGGUCCAAGAAGUAUUUUUUGUAUGGCUUACUAGAUUCUUUUUAGCAUUCUUGCAAUCUAGUCAUUUAGGGAAAAAUUAUGAUUCUAGCCCUUGUUGUAAAAGUAACCUUGAAAAAUAUAGUGACAGACACAGAAGACUUGUAAUCUGGCACCAGACCAAUGUGACUUUAUGCAUGUUUGUUAAUGCAUGCUUACCUAGAAAUAAAACUUAGUGAGUUCAGUGAUGCUUACUGCCUAGCAAGGGUUAUAGGAUGCUUUACAACCAUAAUUGCUGUGUCUUUUGAGGUGGCUAAAGUGAUAUAAUCAUUUUGAAAUCCUAAUUUGAGUUUAUAGAGUUUUUAAUUCCAAAUAUACAGCACAGAACUAACACAGCUUGUUUACCAGAUGUGCCUUGGCUUCCACACUGUGUUUAGGAACUUAAAUUAUGCCUGCAGUCUAUGUAAAUAAGAACAGGACAGAAGUUUGCAUUAAUUAUUUUAAUUAAAAAAGACAGGUCAGUUGACACACUUACAUGUUUCCAGUAUGGCUCUGGUGCUAAAGGAGCUGAACACCUUUGAGUCUGAGGUUUUUACAGUUUAGUGACAUAAAUUACUUAGGCUGCAGUCUUGUGCACACUUAUUUGUAAGUAAGCCCCACUGAAUUCAGUGGGACUUAAUUCUGAGUAAAUAUGCAUCAGAUUGUGCUGUUAAUUGAAUACUUUGAGAUAAGUUAUAGCAAAGGGUUGUAUUCAACAUAGUACUAAGGUGAACAUUCCAUUAAGUGCAAUCCUUGGGCAACAGAACUUUUGCCCCUGCACACCCCCAUAGUCUGUACUGGGGGUUCUCCCAACCUCCUCUGGAGCAGUUUUGGGGUUGACGUGGGGCACAUGCAAAGGAGGGUAGGGGGGAAUCCUGUUGUACCAGCACAAUUUCAUUGAAUAUCGACUAAAGUUUCUAAGCUGAUGGAAUAUUUGAAAGCUUGUAUUGCUUAGGUUAUUGUGACCUCUACAUUUUAAAAUUUUAUGUGACGAUAGCACACACAGCUUAAAGUGUUUGUUAAUUAUAUAAUCCUAUGCCAACUUUAAAUUCAGAUUGAGAAUAUGCCCUAUAUAAUGAAACAUUUUCUCUCUGGCUAAAUGAUUAUGCAAAUUGCAUACAAAUGUCUUGCUAUACUUUUAUCAGUUUUCCAUUUCACUAUGAAGAUUGAAUUAAGUAUCUGCUUUUAAAUAAAAUCUCAGUGGUUCUGCAGAUUAAACUAUAAUACAAUGAGCCCUGAUUUGCACUUAUAUGUAGUUUAAAACAAUUUAAAACAAUUUUUAAAAAGUAUUUAGUAACCUUGAAGGAAAUCCAAAUAAAUGGUGUUUUAUAUUCGAAUAGCUUCAUUAAUAUUUGGCAGAACUUCAUAAAAUGCACAGAGUAAAGUAAUGAUUUAAUUUCUCAGGAAAAGGGAGAGUUUAUAUUUCCAUUGUUCUUUUGAACAGGCAGCUAUCAAGAAAACUCACCAAAUUAUUGUACUCUUUGGAGCAGAUAUUAUUUGAUACAUACAUAAAUGGGUGUAGAGCAUAACUUUCAUUAUUAAUAUUAAUAAUUAUUAAUAUUCAAAAAGACAUGUUGAUUUUAAAAUGUUGAAUGUGCAGACUGUAUACUUUUAUCUGUUACCUGUCAGACAGGUAUAAUAUGUUAGCUAGAGAAAGUAGUACAAUGAUAGUGAUCAGAAAUUAAUUAUAUGUUACUUAUAUCUCAUAAUUUAUCAGUUUGAUAAAACUUUAUUUCUUGUGGUUAAUAGAGCAAAUACUAAAAAAAGUGACACAAAUAUUUUCUUAUGUCUUAGUCCUGUUUAGUGUUUAGCCUGGCAGGUAAUGUCCACAGUGCAACACAACUGGGGAUUAGAAUCAUAGAAUAGUAGAGUUGGAAGGGGCCUACAAGGCCAUUGAGUCCAACCCCCUGCUCAAUGCAGGAAUCCAAAUCAAAGCAUUCCCAACAGAUGGCUCCUGCUGACGGCUCCUUUCUGUGGCUAAUUUGUUAAUUAAAUCUCUUGGACACCAAUAUACUUGGUGCAAUAUUAUUCUGGUGAUUUUCCACUCUGGAAGCUUUUGCCACUUUUGACAGGAAUAGAAUGCUGUUUCUGUUGCCAUAGUGGUGCUUAGUACCUCUAGAUCCCAGUUUUCAAUAUGCACUUAACUUGCAGGAUUGUAGAGGCAAAAAAGAUGUGAAAGUAAUUUAUUCCAGCUUUCCAUACUGAGCCAGAAUUCUUCCAUCUCCAGUCAUUACCAUCAUUGGAUGGAGCUGGGCAGAGAUGGAGCAAAAUGUUUAUCAUGACUGAUAUACUUCUAAAAUGAGGAAUCAGUUUAAUCAUACAAAGGAAGCUGCUGCAUUCUGGUACAUCUCAUUUUUAGAAAAAACAGUUUUAUAUAUUUAGGUAGAAAAUCUCUCUUUUUGAUCCAGUGAGAUUGGAUCCAGACUUGCUGUUCCAUGAAUGGAAGGUACUUGGAUCCAGCUGAAAAUCUGGGGAGAGGCAAUUUUCACCCAUUUUGCUUUCCCUCAAAUGCCCCUGCCCAUUGCUACCUGCUCCAAAAGGUCCCCCAGUCCUCCAGAGCAGAUUUCCAGGGAGCAUAGGGGGCUGCAGGGGGAAGGUGGGGAAUCAAUGAAAAUCACCUUGUGCCUGUGGGAGAAUUCUGGUCUGGGCAAAUCUGGGACCUACCUGAUGGGGUGGUUAGAUAUAACAACCAAAGAUAAAAUGAGAACCCCAAAAUUUAAUAUUUGCCAUAAUUAAUGGGUUUUUCUACCAAAAUAAGGAGUGUAAUGAGUCAGAUAUUCGUAGCUUAAGUAUAUGUAAUUUUCUGACACUUCUUUAUCGUAAGGUUUAUAUAGCUACAAAAGUGCUAAUGUUGAUUUGUGGCAUGUAGCAGAAUAGUUUUGUGUGCAGAACUGCUCCUCUCAAUUGGUUUUCUGUCCUUUAUCGUUUAAUGUUUUUAGGGUAUAUACACUUAACUGGGAGUCAACCCCAUUGUGAACCCAGUGAGAUUUAUUUCUGAGUAGAUACUUAUAGGAUUGUGCUAUUAAUUUUAUAAAAUGGAUAUCCCUAAUCCUUUAUAGUUAACUGAAUGUUUGAGAAUUUAUUUACAUAAGAAUCUCCCUUUAUAAUAACUUAGUGGCCCAGUUCUUUCUACUCUGAAUGGCUGUAGAUCUCUGAGAUCUAAGGCAAGGGUCUCUCCCAGUCUUGCUACCAGAGAUCCUUUUAACUAAGUUGGGACCCUCCCAUUCUAAAUAAAGUAUGGUUUUAGAGCAAGGUGUUACUCAAUUGUGACACUGAUGUAUAACAGUUUACAAAAGAGUGGUGAUAUGGUAAGUGAUAUAAUAAAUUUAACAACUCCAGAAUUCUUAUUAUAGACACCCAAUUUGUUGUUGUUGUUAUGUGCCUUCAAGUCGAUUACGACUUAUGGUGACCCUAUGAAUCAGUGACCUCCAAGAGCAUCUGUCAUGAACUAUCCUGUUCAGAUCUUGUAAGUUCAGCUCUGUGGCUUGCUUUAUGGAAUCAAUCCAUCUCUUGUUUGGCCUUCCUCUUUUUCUUCUCCCUUCUGUUUUUCCCAGCAUUAUUCUCUUCCCUUGUGAAUCAUGUCUUCUUAUUAUGUGUCCAAAGUAUGAUAGCCUCUGUUUCAUCAUUUUAGCUUCUAGUGACAAUUCUGGUUUAAUUUGUUCUGACACCCAGUUAUUUGUCUUUUUCGCAGUCCAUGGUAUAUGCAAAGCUCUCCUCCAACAUCACAUUUCAACUGGGUUGAUUUUUCUCUUAUCCGCUUUUUUCACUGUCCAACUUUCACAUCCAUACAUAGAGAUCGGGAAUACCAUGGUCUGAAUGAUCCUGACUUUAGUGUUCAGUGAUACAUCUUUGCAUUGAGGACCUUUUCUAGUUCUCUCAUAGCUGCCCUCCCCAGUCCUAGCCUUCUUCUGAUUUCUUGACUAUUGUCUCCAUUUUGGUUAAUGACUGUGCUGAGGUAUUGAUAAUCCUUGACAAGUUCAAUGUCCUCAUUGUCAACUUUAAAGUUACAUAAAUCUUCUGUUAUUACUUUAGGCUUUUUGACGUUCAACUGUAGUUCUGCUUUUGUGCUUUCCUCUGUCAUCAGCAUUCGUUUCAAAUCAUUACUGGUUUCUGCUAGUAGUAUGGUAUCGUCUGCAUAUCUUAAAUUAUUGAUAUUUCUCCCUCCAAUUUUCACACCUCCAUCUUGGUCCAAUCCCGCUUUCCGUAUGAUAUGUUCUGCAUAUAGAUUAAACAAAUAGGGUGAUAAAAUACACCCCUGUCUCACACCCUUUCUGAUGGGGAACCAAUCAGUUUCUCCAUAUUCUGUCCUUACAGUAGCCUCUUGUCCGGAGUAUAGGUUGUGCAUCAGGACAAUCAGAUGCUGUGGCACCCCCAUUUCUUUUAAAGCAUUCCAUAGUUUUUCAUGAUGUACACAGUCAAAGGCUUUGCUGUAACCUAUAAAGCACAGGGUGAUUUCCUUCUGACAUUCCUUGGUCCUUUCCAUUAUCCAACGUAUGUUUGUGAUAUGAUCUCUGGUGCCUCUUCCUUUUCUAAAUCCAGCUUGGACAUCUGGCAUUUCUUGCUCCAUGUAUGGUAAGAGCCUUUGUUGUAGAAUCUUGAGCAUUACUUUACUUGCAUGUGAUAUUAAGGCAAUAAUUCGAUCAUUACUGCAUUCCCUGGGAUCCCCUUUCUUUGGAAUUGGGAUGUAUAUGGAAUGCUUCCAGUCUGUGGGCCAUUGUUUAGUUUUCCAUAUUUCUUGACAAUUUUUGGUCAAAAUGUGGACAGAUUCAUUCUCAGUAAAGUGUAGCAACUCUAAUGGUAUGCCAUCUGUUCCUGGUGAUUUUUUUCUUCCAAGUAUUUUAAGGACAGCUUUCACCUCACAUUAUAAAAUUUCUAAAUUCUAAGAUUGACACCCAAUAGUUACAUUUAAGUCUCUUUCUCUUAUCAAACUAUAAUUGUAAGCAUAUUGUUUGGUAGAUGUUAAAAAUAUUCACUAAUUAGCAUCAAACAUAUCUAGCUAGAGAUCUCAAAUAUAACAAAUAUAAAUAUUUUACAAAUGAUAAGGCCAGAUCUUUUAUGCUAUUGUAGCACAAAAGGUGUGAACUGAAAGAUCUAGGGAUAAAAUGUACAAUAAGCAUUCACUGAUAUAUUUUUAGAAGUUUAGGGGGAAGACAUGUUUAAAAAGUACUUUCUGUUGUUAAAUCCAAGAAAUCCUCUUGGUGGUUUGGCCAUUUCAAUUAUAUAAUGUCCUCUUAUAAUAGCUGUUCUUUAGGCUGCCUUAAUAGUACAUUCCAUACAAUCUGGUAUUAUUAUUCUGCUGCCUCUCUCUGUGACUGACACUGCACACUUACGCAAACCUGCUCUGCAGAAUAAGGGGGCCUUUUGGAACAGUGAAGGAGGUAGCAUAAACAGGAUGGACCAAUCUCCUGAGGAAAUCUCAGCCCAUUGGAUGGGGAGGAUUAAAGAUCCAUGCCUUGAGGGGAUUGAUUUAGGAUGAUAGACAUCCAUUUCAUCACUCUGCCCCACACUUUUUUCCUCUUAGGAAAACCAUUAACCAAUCUUGAGUGCGCUAAAUUCCCCUGGUAAGAUUCUUAGAUAGCUGCUGUGUAAUAAAGGUUUGACAUGUGUUCAUUUCCUUGCACUUCCAGGGUGGGUAUGUAUUGAGGGAGGAACUUUCAGUUGGAUCCGACUUCUACUAGAGGAAGAGAGAAAGUGAUUUUUGUCUGUUUCCCUUCCCUCUGCAGUCCCCACUGCAACUUCUCAUGCUGUUCUGGAGGGACUUCCAACCCUCCAGAGCAGCUUUUGGAAGGGGGUACAAGGUGAAGGGGAUCAGUGAAAACCACUUCCUUUCCUCCAGCAGGAGUAUCCACCCACAAGUAGCCUCUGUGUUUUGUCUUGUUGUCUACCAAUGAAGGAUGCUGAUUGUUCUAAAGAAAUAGUUAAAAGGAUAUUUCUUUGUGGGGUGGGGACUUGGGUUGGCAAAGAUUUAAAUUUUUCAUGAUUAUGCCAAAAUCAAAUUUCAGUUUCUUAGUACUAGUUAAUCCUGCUGAAAACUAUGUUCUGAGUUGUGCUAAUGAUACUGGCAACAGAGAGUUUUGUGCGGAAUGCAAUGAAGAAAGUCAGCGGUGUUACAUUAACAAUUCAAUAAUUUAUAUAUAUAUAUAAUUGAAUAGUUAAUGUAACACUUCUGAUAUAUAUAUUAUAAGGCACAACACUGUGGGAGACACAUCAGCAGGGGGGGAAAAGGGAGACAAUGUGUUUCCAUGUCAAAACUGAUAAAGACCUGGUUUUUCACUUAAAUACUACACUUGCAUCACCCUCACUCCAGCAUCACUUCUACAAUAUGGAAUAAGGGAGUUAAUCUUUCUGCAAGAAUGAUAUGCAACUGUUGCAGCAUUUUAACUUUUAUUUAUUUUGGUGGUGGAAGAAAACAGGAUAUAUCAGUGACAUUGUAUUUGUUUUGCACAACGGAAUACAUGUAUCCAGCACAUUAAACAAAAAAUAAUCAGUACAAGUUCAUAGUAAAGGAAGGGUAAUUGGGAGAUGGAUGUGUAACAUUGCCAGUGAUGUUAUAGAUGCUUCUGAUAUUUAUAUAAUCCCAUUCCUCAAACCACUUGCUGUGACAAUGGAAAUGCUCAACUGAGAAAUAGUUACAUUUCCCCAGUAAGAAGAUACUGCAGUGUGAUACUGGAAAAAGUGACAUCCCCAUAACCAAUUGCCAGUAUAAGAAUGAAAUCUGUUCCUGAGAAACUAUAAAAAUGUUUGAAAGAGCUUUUGUCUUAAGAUGGGGUUCUGUAAAUAAGUUUUAGGAAGUCAAUUCAAAUGUUUUGUAUAGUAAUGAAUAAGCAAAUGGUUUAGUGCUUUAUUAAGGGAUAUUUUGAAGUGUUCUUUUGGGGUAGAGCUUUUAAAUCCUAUGCUUUUUCUGUCCCAUCAGUAAUUCUUUUUUAUGCAUACUAAUUGUUACUGUGUUGUCCAUACCUUAGAGUUCUGCUUCCUAUAUGUUUAAAUUCUGAUAAUAGAGCCAGUGUAGUGUAGUGGUUAAGGGCAGGGCUGUGGAGUCGGUACGCCAGACCUUCGACUCCUCUAUUUUUCUACUGUCCGACUCCGACUCCUUCAUAAAUGGCAAAUGUAUAUUAACUAGUAAUAACAAAUUUACUGUAGUAAAAUGGUAGCAGAAGGCAUUUCAUCACCAACACGUGAAUCCAGAGCUUGGAAAAGUUACUUUUUAAAACUACAACUCCCAUCAGCCCCAGGGAUUGGGCUCGCGGGAGUUGUAGUUCAAAUGUACCAACUCUGACUCCACCCAAAAUUGCUCACGACUCCGACUCCAUGACUCCGACUCCACAGCCCUGGUUAAGGGGUUGGACUACAACCUGGGAGACCAGGGUUCGAAUCCCCACACAGCCAUGAAGUUCACUGGAUGACCUUGGGCCAGUCACUGCCUCAGCCUCAGAGGAAGGCAAUGGCAAAACCACCUCUGAAUACCGCUGACCAUGAAAACCCUAUUCAUAGAGUCACCAUAAGUCAGAAUCGACUUGAAGGCAGCAUGUUUCAUUUCUUCAACUUUAAAAGAGCAGGACAUGCAUAACCACCCCAUCCAGCACAGAUUAUCUGUGUAGGGAAGCAGGCUUCUGCAUGCAUAGACAUAUAGAUACAGAUAUCCUGUCAUAUGAUGGUGCUCAUCAUUGACUGAUUAUACUGGCUGGGCAUUUUUUUUAACGUGGAUGGGCAUACAUGCUUUCUUAGAUUACCUUCUUCUUUGAGGACAUUGACGUAAAUUUGAAAGAGACCUUUAUGUCCUUUAAUCUUCAUGUACUGAUGUUUUCUGAACAUAUUGUUAUUUCAUGUCUUCCUUUUCCUCAGAAAAUGUGUUUUGUCUUGUUUAGGCUAUCCCUUGAGAGCGACUCCAGUGUUUUGUACUGUUGCAUUCUUCAGAGCAUGUGCAAUGGCUCACCUGCAUGGUUUGUGUAGCAGGUCAGGGUUAUGAGUAUUUCAUGUUGUGAAUGCUUUAGUUUUAUGUAAAAAUUAUAUAUUUGGUAUAUCAGAGGAAUGAGAAUUGAAAAGGGAAAAUAGUCCAAUGAGAGCUUAUCUCUUAGGUUAUGACAUUUCAUUUAUAAAGGCUUCACACACACACAAAAUAAUUGCUUGAUACUUCUAAAGAUAUUUUUACAUGUGUAACUUUGGGCACAAUUUUGUUGGGUAUUAUUGAAUAUAAAAUAUUUUUUCCUCUAUAUUCUAAAAGUGGGGGGUUCUUAGCAGUACUUUUUCUUUUUACAUACUGUUCUUCAAAAAUCAGUGUUUUUUUCUGAUAAAACUUGGAUUGCCACAACAUUAGUCAAAAUUCCUUCAAAUAUACUUUAUUAACAAAUACAAUUUGGAUUUUUCUAGGAUAUAGUAUAUCAUUUACUAUAUCUGUAUUUAAGCUUAAUGCAUAUUUAAAAUCCAUAAAACAUUCCCUACUUGAAUUAUCCUGCAGUAAAGUGGUGUAGGAUGAAGAGCAGAAUGUUUCUGUAAAUGAACAAUCUUUUUUUCUUCUAUUGGAACAUAUGUGGAGUUGGAGUUGGUUUUAGAAUGAGUGCAUUACAUGAAUCCAGAACACUGGAAUCAGUAUGGGUCCUUCCCACACCCUGAUCCAGUGGCAGGAAUGUGUCCCUUACGUAGCAGAUUGGCUUGAUGAGAGGCAUCUAAAUUAAACCUCCACAUGCAGGGCUGGAGCCAAGGUGAAAAAAAUAAUAAAAUAACUGUACAUGGAAGUCUUUAGCAGAAGUAACUUGCUAAUGUGAGGUAAGAGGAAAUAAUGAGGACCUGGACAGAGCUGGUAGCCCCAUUGUUCCCCUACCUGGAAGGUGACUAGCAUGCAUUGAUUUUUUUGUAUAUGCCUAUAAUGAAUUUGGGAAUUGAACCAUGUAUCCUAGUUCAUUAAAAUGCUGUGCAAACACGGAAUAGGGAUUAUCAGGCUCUUUUGGCCCAUAACCAAUUCCGCCCACUUUGAAUACAAAAGCAAUUUUAGCUUGAGGGUCUAUCUGAUCAUCACAGUUAAAUUGUUUUUAUGAUCAGGGUGUAAGACUAAUUUCUCUUUUUGCUGUUGGCCUUCCCAACUGAUCUCCUGUGCUCGUGUAAUUUUAUUAAUGUUCUGUAUCAUCAGAAAAGGGGCAUAUGGGAGAUCUGGUAAUUCAGAAAGUGUGUGCCGCUAGCCUUCUACAAGAGUUUGAAUUGAGUGUCCAACUGCUUUAAAUUGCUGCUAUUUUUUAGUUCUUGUAAUUGGAUUGUUUUAUUUGUAUUUUAAUUUUUUGUAGUUUUAAUUAUAUUUUGUAAGCUGCCUUGGGAAGGCUUUGCCCUGAAAGGCAGCAUCUAAGUACUUUUAUAUAAGGCUGCAAUCCUAAUCCCAAUUACCUGGGAGAGAGCCCCACUGAAUUCAAUAGGACUUAGUUCUGAGAAGGUGUGGUUAGGAUUCCACUGUAAGCAUGUUUAAUGAUGUGUGUUAAACUUGAGACUCAGCUCUCAUAUGUUGAGGUUACUGUGGGUACAAUUCCUGGAUGUAUAUGCAUUUUGGAAACAUUAGAAAAAGAGCAGAAAAUAGAACAUGCAUUUAAAGCACUGAGAAAGCUGGAACCUGUUGACAGAGGGUUGUAUUGUGAAACACAAGCUUUUGCUUUACUUAAGGAAAUAACUAUUUUUAAACAUUUAACUGUAGAUCAAAUAAGUAAGAUCUUUGUCAUUUUCACAAAGAACGCUUGUUUUGCUACUCCAAUCUUUACUGAUA